CAGCAGAUCAGAUGUCUAGCUGCAAAAUGAUUCGUAGCAGUCUCGGAUACGACGGGUAGUAUAUCUGUGGCUUGGGGGUUACUUCAACCUAUCUUGUUUUCCACUCUCUUUUUCCCUGAUCUAUCUAUCACCUUUAGUUUCUGACUUUCUGUUAUCUCUUUUCUCCCUGAAAUGGAUGACGGUCUGAAAUGCAGCGGAAUGAUUACGGUACUGUAAAUUUCAAAAGGGUAGGAUGGAGGGUUAGGGUUAGCAUGAAUCCUUGACGCGAACCCACCCAGACACUUUACGCGUCGCGGGGCUUCGACGCGUCUCCCAAAGGCAACCCCCAAUGAGCAAACAAUUACAAGCAAGCGCCUGCCGGGACUUACACCAAUUGAUGUCCUCUACUACCAACCUGCUAUCAUCUGCCCCUCUAUUUCUUUGGAUAGCAACAUCAUCAAUUGACUUGGGAAAUCCGCAAUUGCAGCAUGCCGCACUCUGUUUCCCCAGCAGCUGAAGAAGGCUCGACUCCUCUCUCAGCGACUCAGAUGGACCAAGACUCCCCGGCCGCGGCAGGCAGUCAACCCGGUCAGCCGGCAGAGGAGGAUACGGUGAUGGCCGAUGCUAGUGGAGACGAAGCAGAAGUUGAAGCAGUGAAAUCAUCAACGGAUUUGCCAGAGGCCAGAAACGAAAAGCAAGAGAUCAAGGCGGAGGAUUUGUUCAACGACAUCGACUCAGACGACGACGAUGAGUUUCCCACAUCGAGCAAUCCCGCCAAGGGUGACAUGCCCACCUCCACAGAACCGCAGUCCUCACCAGGUGAUGUGGACUACGGGGCUGGGAACAAGGAGUUGAUGCGCAUUUUCUAUCAACGAUUCUUUCCCUGGAGAUACAUGUUUCACUGGCUGAACCACAGCCCUACGCCCACGAAUGACUUCAAGCAUCGUGAGUUUAGUUUGUGGACCGGCGACAUUGUGUUCCGGUACCAAUCAUAUAACGACUACGAAUCAUUUCGCAAAGACAUAAUACAGCGGUUACCCGACCGUGUAGAAAUUGGCCCUGUCUAUACCGCCAACCCGCGGGAUCGCAAGGUUUUCCGCAAUUCAACCGCGUUCCGGCCCCUUGCGAAGGAGCUAUGCUUUGAUAUCGAUUUGACAGACUACGACGACAUACGAACGUGCUGUGACAAGGCCAACAUCUGCAUAAAAUGCUGGCAGUUUAUGACGAUGGCAAUCAAGGUCCUUGACACGGCUCUGCGGGAGGACUUUGGCUUCCAGCACAUCCUCUGGGUCUAUUCAGGCCGCCGAGGUGUUCACGCCUGGGUGUGCGAUAAGAAGGCCCGGGAGUUGGACGACCAGCAGAGGAAAGCAAUCACCGGCUACUUCGACGUCAUUCGUGGACCAAAGGAGAGUGGGAAGAGGGUCAAUCUCCGCCGGCCGCUUCACCCCCAUCUGUCACGAAGCCUAGACCUCCUCAAAACCCACUUCCAAUCCGACGUCCUCGAAGUGCAAGACCCUUGGCGGUCACCCGAAAAAGCCGACUACCUCCUCCAACUCAUCCCCGACCCGGACCUGCGCGAAGCAUUGCGCAAAAAAUGGGAAUCCUCACCCGGUUCCGCAUCAUCACGGAAAUGGGCCGACAUUGACGCGCUAGCACAGACGGGGAGCGCGAGCAAGACGCUCGACGCGCGCGACCUGCUCGACGCCAAACAGGACAUCGUCCUGGAGCACACGUACCCGCGCCUCGACGUGGCCGUCAGCCAGCAUCUUAAUCACUUGCUCAAGAGCCCCUUUGUCGUGCACCCGGGCACGGGCCGCGUCUGCGUGCCCAUCGACAGGGAUGCGCUUGAGGAGUUUGAUCCGCUUGGCGUGCCAACGGCACAGGGCCUGCUGCGUGAGAUUGACGCGUGGAAUGAUGGCUCUACGGGCGAGGGGCAGCAGGAGGAUGGUGGAGGUGCGGUAAAGCAUGUCCAGGACUGGGAGAAGACGAGCUUGAAGCCGUAUAUUGACUAUUUCCGGUCUUUUGUUACGGCGCUUAUGAAGGAUGAGAGAGAGAUUAAGGUGAAGCGGGAGCGUGACGAGGAGCAGGCGGAGUCCUUGGAUUUCUAGGGGUGGCUGUACUGUAUGCUUUAUUGAAAGGGGUCGAAGGUGUGGUUAGUUAGAAAUAGGACAGGCUUUUGCGGGUGGUGUACGUUGGUCGGCACGGAUAUCACGACUUCGCCUUGACGGAGGAAGCAAGCUGAUUAUUUGUGAUGUAUAUCGGAUUAUGGGUAUCUUGCAUAUAUUUUAUAU